CUUUAAAUAACUUUAGUCGUUGAUUAGCGCAGUUAGUGACAAGACAUUAAAAUGUACUGGUUGAUUUGGUCGGUGACCAUUGUUUUCAUCGUGUGGAAUUACUACCGCGAUGUUUUUCACUACUGGCAACGUCGCGGCGUCCCGACGCCUCCGUACCAGUUCCUCGUUGGGCAUAUGGGACCCACAUGCACAUUCAAGAAGAAUUUCGGUGUUAUUAUGACGGAAAUCUAUCAGUCUUUCCAAGGAUUUCGAUACGUGGGAUUUUAUAAUUUUACACGCAAAGGAAUCGUCCUGCGAGAUACCGACUUAAUCCGUGAUAUUCUAGUAAAAGAUUUUCCUUCGUUCCACGAUAAUAACUUUGAUAUAUCCGAAGAACAUGACAUCAUCUUUGGUAAGAACCCGUUUGUUCUGAAAGGCGACCGCUGGAAAAUCGUACGCGCACAAAUAACGCCUAGCUUCACAACUGGAAAAGUCAAAGCAAUGAUGCCGUUAUUCAUCGCAAACAAUGCUAAACUACUGCGGUAUUUACAAGAGAAAACAACUGGAAAUGAAAAAGUAUUAGAGGCAAAAGAACUGGCGAGUAAAAUAACCUGUGAGAAUGUCGCAAGUUGUGCCUUCGGUUUAGAUGGCGGCUGUUUUCUACAAGAACACUCAGAAUUUCGCGAAAUGGGCAGGAAACUAUCACACCCAUCAUUUGCAAACGGCCUCAAACGUUUCUGCCUGUUUAUUGUACCAUCACUAAGCAAAAUAUUAAAAGUGAAAUUCUUUUUUGACGAAAUCACCGACUUUCUGCGCAAAAUCGUGCGUGAAACACUCAGCUAUCGCAAAGAAAAUAACAUCAACCGCAACGAUUUCCUAGACGCAAUGCAAGACCUCCACGCAAAAAUCAACAACGAUCAAGUUUUCGGCGAGGAUGAUAUCCUAGCUCAUGCUGGAGGUUUCUUUUUAGAUGGUUUCGAAACAAGCGCAGUUGCUAUCAGUCACGUAAUGUACGACAUUGCAGCGAAUGUCCAAGUCCAACAGAAAUUACGCCGAGAAAUUAAUGAAGUCCUCGGUAAACACGGCAGUUUAACAUUCGAAGCCAUUCAAGACAUGCAAUAUUUAGAUUGUGUCAUCAAAGAAUCGAUGCGGAUGCAUGUUGCACUCCUGACACUCGGAAAACUGUGCAAUCAAACAUAUAAACUUCCACCGGCAAAAGAAAAUGGCACCGGACCGGAAGUAACACUCGAACCGGGUACAAUCGUAGUGGUACCCACAGCUGGCCUACAAAUGGAUGCGAAAUAUUUCCCAGAGCCAGAAAAAUUCAUACCGGAACGCUUCAAUGACGAAAAUAAAGAGAAAAUCAACCGCUUCGCAUAUUUACCGUUCGGCGAAGGUCCCCGAAAGUGUCUGGGAAGUAAAUUCGGCAGUUUACAAACUAAAAUGAGCAUAAUUGCGAUUGUACAGAAUUUUAACUUGUCCGUAAAUGAGGAAACGCCGAAAUUUCCGUGGGAUUUGGAUGGCAUGGGCGUGAUGAAUGUGCCACUCGGUGGGCUGUGGCUUAAUUUCGAUCGUAUUACAAACAAAUCAUAAACAAUUCACCACUGCGUCAUCGUCCCUUAUCUAGCAGCUAAAUAUUUACCCAAAACAAUUAAAAAUAAAAACCUUCCUUUUGUAGAAAUAAAAAUUAAUUAGAGAAUAAAAAUGAAGUUAUCAA